AUGUCUGGCACAACAGCCCCAUCGUCAGCGCCUGUGCUCUCAACACCCGAGGACGGCCAACUCUUCGAGCCUGCAGCCAAGAUCGCAACGGCCAAGUCUACAAUGCCUGAAGAGGCCCUGCGACGCAUAUACGAGAUCGACCGGACGACCGAGGAGCUGAGGGCCGGAGGCUGGCAGCGCAUAGCCCUACAAUUUCCCGACGACAUGCUCACUGAUGCGCCGCGGGUGGCAGAGACUCUGGGCGCAGGACUGUCGGACGAUGGCAGGAAAAAGAUAUACAUUCUCGGAGACACGAGUUACAGCGCUUGCUGCGUCGACGAGGUGGCUGCCGAGCACGCAGAUGCUCAGGUCGUGGUGCACUACGGCCGGGCGUGUCUCAGCCCCACAUCCAGACUGCCGGUCAUAUACGUCUACACGAGCCGGGAGCUGGAUGUGGCUGCCGUGGCCGAAAGAUUCGAGGCUGAGUUUCCGGACAGGCAAACGACGCGUGCCGUCAUAAUGGCAGACCUCAUGUACCAGCACCAUGUGACGCCACUGGUGGACGAGCUCGUCGCCCGCAGGGGGUACAAGGAUAUCCUGGGGACGGAGGUGGUGCGUGAUCCAAACGGACUGGUGCCUAAUCGCACAGUAGCAUGCGCCUCCGCCGAUGAGUUGAAGGCGUACUCUCUCUUCCACGUGUCGGACCCGUCGCCGUCCGUUCUCCUCUCGCUACACUCGCGCUUCGCGUCCCUUCACGUGCUUGAAACGUCAAAAGACACGCUCGCGCUCGACAAUCCCACGAUGCAUACAGCCGGUCUUCUCCGACGACGCUUCGCACGUGUCCUCAGUCUCGCGUCAGCGGGAGUAAUCGGCAUCCUGGUCAACACCCUUUCUGUGGCAGACUCGCUAGCGUCGGUAGCCACUCUGCGCAAGGCCUGCCACGCUGCGGGAAAGAAGACGUACACUGUCGUCGUGGGCCGCCUGAACCCCGCUAAGCUGGCUAAUUUCGCUGAGGUGGAAGGGUGGGUGGUGAUUGGGUGCUGGGAGUCUGGCCUAAUAGACGAGGACCAGGGCGGCGGGUAUUGGAGGCCCGUCGCCACGCCUUUUGAGAUGGAAGUGGCCCUGAUGGACGAGUCGCAUCGCAUCUGGUCGGGCGAGUGGUGGGGAGGUAUCGAGAAGUUGAAGUUGGACGGCUCUGGAAAUUACACAAACGGUACCUACGGCGCCAACGGCUCAGCAGAAGUGAAGGAAGGAGGAGGAGGAGGAGGAGGAGAUAGGCAUAUUGACGUCCGGGAAGACGAUGACGAAGACGACGAAGAAGAGUCUCAGCCACCCGAGUACGAUCUCCGUACAGGUAAACUCGUCAGUCACAGCCGACCCAUGCGCCUUGCCGUACGGAGCAGGAAGAAGAUUUCGUCAGACGGCAAGCCAAAGGACAAGACGUCGAGCUCGCUCAUCAAAGUGGCUAGGUCAGGCGAGAUUGCUAGCAUUAACGGCGUCAUUAGCCCCGGUGCAGAGUUCCUCAGGUCGCAGAGGACGUGGCAAGGUCUGGGGACCGACUUUGCAGACGAUGAAGACAGACGCGACGAGACGAGCACAUUAGUUGAAGAGGGUCGUAGCGGUCUUGCAAGGGGAUACCGCGUCGGAGAGGCUGCAGCUGGCGCUGGGAGGCAUUGA